AUGCUACCAUAUGAAACUAUUAUCAAAAAUCCUUUAAAUUAUAAUCCGGCUGAAUUGAUAAAUAUGGAAAGAUAUGUCUGCUUUGAUAAUACUGCUGAAUGUUCUGCCCAAGCAUCUCUCAAUAAUUGUGACCAUAAUAUGGAGUAUGAUAAUGAGAUAUUGACUUACCAUCAAAUAAAUAUUGACUCUGAAGAACAUAAUGAGGAUGCAUCAUUGGCUAAUAAAGAAUGUAAAGUUAUGGUGGCUUCAGAAGGCAUACCCGAGUGUACUGUAUUUGAUUCUUGGACGAAUGUUGAAACUUUCUUAGAAGAAUAUGAAAGAAGAAAUGGUUUUACAGUAAUUAAAUAUCGUGUAGAUAAAAAUAAAGCUAGAGUUAAUUGUUCAUGGCACAUAAAUCUUUCUUAUGGAGAAGCUGGAACUCUUAUAUCUAUUACUAUAUUUGUAAAUGAACAUAACCACAAUAUUAACUUCGAUACACAAGAAUUUGGGAAUAAAUACUGCAUUCUUACUGAAGAUGCAUUAAGAGAAGUAGAAAUUAUGACAAAAUAUGUGUGCCUUUCUAUUACAGCACAAGAAAUCAAAUCCAAUUGUACAUUAAUCGAACUUGCAGAUUGUCUUAAUCAACAGCUGAAGGCAGAGACACAAUGGAAUAGAUUUCAUCUGUAUAAAGAUUCAACGACAUUUCCCACUGUUUCUACUCCUGGACAUGCCCUUUUUCCAGCAGUAACCAAAAACAUUGACAAAUACCUCACAGAUAUUAUUAAUAACAGAAUUAAAGAUGAAAUGGCAGAAUCCUUAUUUCUUACAGCUAAUCAGAUUGUAAUAACAUCUUAUAAACUUAAUUUUGAACAAGAAAUUGAUGAAGAAACUUCAUGUGAAUUUUUUGAAGACAAUUAUGAUGCAUGUCAAAUUACUCUUCAGUCUAUAAUAGACGAAGUUGAAAAUGAAAAAAUAAAAGAAAUCUGGAAGAUUUCUGAUAUUCAUAGCGAAAAAAGACAUUGCAUACAUUUUAUAGUUAUCUUAAAUCCAAUAUCCUUUCUAUGCUUAUGCCUUAUGACUAUUUCAAGAGGACUUAUCUAUUCCUAUCAAGAGAAUAAAAUGUAUGAAGACGAGAACAUUAUAUUUAAUCAUGAAAAAGGAAUUGUUAAUGAAGUAUGUUACAGUAAAGAAGUUCUUCCAAUUCGACAGGCAUCUACAGUUUCACUCAUGGCUCCGACUAUGAAAAAAACUUUACAAAAAAAAAAUCAAUAUGGCAAAAUUUGGGGGUUAGCUCGUGAAGCGACAUUGUUAGUGAUGAAUACUGAAGAUAGUGAAAUUAUUAAAAUUCUUCAGAGCUAUAUAAUGAAAAAAAAGAAUGAAGUAAAUACAUGCAAUAAUGAUACUCAAAAUAACAAAAAAGGAAAUAACAAUGCUGUGAACAAAAAUCAAGCUAUGUCAGAAGAAGAUCAAGCUAUAUUGGAAAGAGAAGAUCAAGCUAUAUUGGAAGAAGAAAAUCAAGCUACAUUAGAAGAGAAUCAAGCUAUAUCGGAAGAAGAAAAUGAAGCUAUAUCAAAAGGAGAAAAUGAUAAUAAUUCUACUGAUAAUGAAGUAACUAAUAUCCAAGUUCCACAAAAUGUUCAAAAUCCUCUUCAUAUUAUUGGAAAAGAAUGA